AUGGGUUCGAGGGAAAAUGCUAGGAAACAGCCUUCAACAUUAUCGGAUAGAAAGCUACUAGAUCCAUUUGCAGAGCUCUUCACGGGCACAAUUUCCAAGGGUCAGAUUGUCAAGGAGGACACUGUAAGUCUUGGGAAAAGCAUGGAUGAUAUUCUAUUUAGUAAAAUCGAUCCACUUGAUUUGUCUUUUGGAAAAAAUACCUCAAAGGCAAGUAAAGGAUCAAUUGUGUUUGAUGAGGACAGCAAUGCAAAAGGUACGAAAGGAUGUAGCUUACGAGAUGAUCCAAUUUUGAGUUCUUUUUUAUCACCGAAGAAUACGGAAAAGGUAAAAGAGUCAACAUCCCUGUUUAAUUCAAUUUCUAAGAACAAUGCAACAUCUAACAACCAGUCUGAUAAACUAGGACAAGAAUUAUUGUCCUUGUUGUCCACCCGGACAAAUACACAGUCUAAGGAUAUUAAACCAACAAAACCACCAGCAAAGAAUCGAAAUUCUAAAAAUACAAGCAGUUCAAAUCGUGAUAUUGGACUUGAAAUAUUUGAGUCAUUUAUUUGCAACAAUGGGGCUCUCAUGGAUACACCAAAGUCACCUUACAGUGAGUCUAUUUUAUCAAAUAGUCACAGGAAUGCCAAAAAUAAAGUAAAUAAGAUUAAAAAGAGCGAAGAUUUGGCAAAAACAACAAAUUUGAAGGACGAAAACAUAAAAAAUUCUAAUUUUUCAGUCGAGAAUUGCUUUAAUGUGGAUCCACCCAUAAAUACAGAAUCCUCAAGUGAUCAUACCAAUCUUAAAGAUAACCGUACUGACAUAGCUGCACCUGUAAAUACAAAAUUCGAGAAUAGCCAGAUUACACCAUGCUCAAAUAUAACCUUUAGGCCUAUAGAGAAUCAUAACAACUCUAGAAACAACCAUACUAGCAUGAAUAUGCCUCCAGUUACAAAGCCUAUUAACGUCGAAAACAUACCAAUGAACAUAUCAAAUGGAUUUGCAGCUAAAAAUAGGUAUCAACAAGCGAUGAAUCCUUUUGAGUCUCUUUAUAAUGUAAAUUAUUCUGGAACACCGCAAAAUUGUUUUAAGCCAGUGCAUUUACAGCAGCCUUACUCUCCAAGGAUUAAUACACACAUUAACAACAAUUUUUAUCCAGAGCAUCCAUCUCAGCAUCCAUAUGGUCUUGUACCAAACUUCACUAAUACUGGCUAUUGUCCUGAGAGUAGGAGACAAAGAAUACCAUAUAAAGUUAAACAAGAACCUCACAACUUGUACUUUAAAGGCGAUUUGCAACAACCGUUUCCUAUCAGGCAGAAUAUUCAACAGAGACCACAUCCAAUUAAGCAUAAUGUACAGCAAUGGUAUCCUGUUAGACAAGAUUUUCAUCAAUAUCCAUAUCUUAGAUAUGAUUCACAUCAGCCUUAUAGUAAUGCAAGAUCACCGCAUCAGAUGAACAAUAUGCAAUUUAUUAAGCAUAGCUCCAAUGUAUUUUUAAACAAACCAAUUAAUUGUGUUGCCCCAUUUAAUCGGGAUAUAGUUCAUAGGUUUAAUGCUGUAAGAUUAGCUGAUAAAGGAAGCCAUCUGACUCUUAGAAUAAAGCUAUUUAGUUUAAGGCUCAUGGAUGAGGACAAGAGAAUGCUCAUUGACAAGCUAUCCUUAACAGUGGAUAAUCUGAAAUAUAGAUUUUUCAGAACCUUGAAUGAAGUAGCAGAUAUUCUUGAAUUGCCGAAGCUAUCAUAUCAUGACGCACACGAGCUUAGAAUACUAUUUAACUUGUUUUCCAAAUGUGGGGGUUACCUUAAUGCCAAUGCCCACUUUUUGAACUAUGUCAAAAAUAUUACAAAGAAAUACUUUUUCAAAUAUCUUUCAUAUGUUCUUCCACUUGAAACUAGCGGAUAUUUUUAUAAACCUAAGAUCAAGCUUAAUACCAAGAGAAAAGUAUUCAAGCCUACAAAAGAGGAACUGAAUUCUGUACUAUGCAUUGGAAUAUAUGAUGAUAUAUUUUAUUUUUUAGAUUUGUUAGAACAGGGCGAAAUAUCUGGAGCACUAAUGGGUGAGCUGCUAAACAUGUUUUUUCUAGUUUCUGACCAUCUUUUUAAGAGUUCUGGCUGUACACUACCUCUUCUUGACAAGAUAGUAGGUAGAUUGAAUGGGAAACCGUAUAAAGUAGUAUUAGACAGAAUGUCUAGAGAUAUUCUCUAUCAGCUACAAGAGCAAAUAUUCAGGAUCAUAUUAAAAUAUGAAAAAAACAAGAAGUCAGAUCAAAGCUUUAACGAUGACACACUAUUCUGUAUAAUUGAGCUUAUUUUGCAGAGAAAAAUGCUUAAAAAAUUAUCUAAUAUUGCUGAUUUAGAUACUGAAGACUAUAGAAUGAAGCCUUCUUCUAAAGAUUUAAGCCAUAAAUAUGAAAAUGAAUAUUUAUGGACGCUGAUGCUCAUCGAUGCUGUAAAUAGUGUAAUUAGACCCACGCCUAGAAUACUCGAUAUACUUUUUGAGUUUGACGGUGCCGAUCCAAGCUUGAUCCUUAGAGUUUCUUCUAAAUUCUUGCUUGAUAGUCAAACAGUACAGCGAAUAUUUUUGAAACACGAGGCAUAUAUAAUAGCAAUGCUUGAGAAACACAUGAAAACUCUCGAAAACAUGAUUCUUUUAAAUGAUGAGAAAGAACUGGAGAUAAUAAUAACCUAUUUCUUGCCAUUUUUAUUUGUUGAAAGCCUACCAUUAAUGUCUAUUCUCAACACUGUUGUCAAGUAUAAAGAAUAUCUAUUAGAAAAGAAAGUAUAUUUCAGAAAGAGAAGAAGUAGUAACAUAGAUACAAUAAUAAAGUGCUUGAAGGGUAGACUUUCUGGAGGCUGA